AUGGGCUGGCUACAUGUGAGGCUGACGGCUGUUUUCAAGUAGUGGUGAACCUAAGUGUUGGGCUGUUACACGUUUUAACAUCUUCAGAGAUACUACACAGGCUUUGCGAAUGGUCCAUUUGAUAAGAUGACGGCUCAGGAAGUUCGUUUGUGCGGGCUGCUGCUGCAGGAGCACUUCGGUGAGGUGGUGGAGAAGGUGGGCACGAAGCUGCUUAGAGGCGGGACACAGAACCUACGGGCCAUCGCUAAUGAGACGGGCACCCCUCUGGACCUGGUGAAGAAGUCUCUGUGCGUGCUCAUGCAGCACGGAGCCUGUGAGUUCAGCUGCGGCCGCAGAGGACCCGGCAGCCCGGUGGAGUACCGCAGCGGCUGCGAUCGAAUCCUCAGGAUCCUGCGGUACCCCCGCUACAUCUACACGGCCAAGACCCUCUACGGUGACACGGGAGAGCUGGUCAUCGAGGAGGUUCUACAGAGGGGUCACAUGACCAUGAGCUCCACCGUCAGGACCGUGGCAGACCGCCUCACUCACAACAUGGAAGAGGGUCGCAGUAUGGAGUACGGGGAGGUGGUGAAUGUCUUCUCUAAACUGGUGGAGACGCAUUUCCUGCAGCGCUGCCCUCCAGUGGCCAACCCAAGAACUGCUGCCCCUGUUACCCCAGCAACCCCCGCCACGCCUGCCUCUGCCUCUGUUCCUGCUGCCUCUGCCUCACCAGAAAGCUUCCCUGAAUGUUACAAACUGCCAGGCAUCACAAUUACAGGUUGUGGAAAGCGGCGUCGCUCCAGUGAAGACGGAGAGGAACAGAGGGCAGGGAAGAAGGCCAAGCUGGACCCAGACUCGAAGACGUACGGCGAUGAAGGGAUCUACUGGCAGGUGAACUUUGAAAGGUUCCACCUUCACUUCAGAGACCAGGCCAUCAUCAGUGCUGUAGCCAGCAAGCUGGACCAAACCAGCAGUGAGAUAGUGAGGACCAUUCUGCGGAUGAGCGAAGUCACGACCACGCCCAGCGCCGCCCACACACAGCCCCUCUCAGCCAAUGAGAUCUUCCGCACCCUCCCACCCAACUACAGCAUCAGUCGCCCCAUCCUGGACCAGUACCUGUCUCUGAUGGUGGACGACCCUAUGGAGUUUGUGGGAAGGUCAGGCGACAGUGGAGGAGGAAUGUACGUCGUCAAUCUUCACAGAGCGCUGACCAACUUGGCCAGGGCCACAUUGGAGUCUGUAGUCCAGGAGAGGUUUGGCUCCCGAUCAGCACGGAUAUUCAGGCUGUUGCUAAGGAAACGCCACUUGGAACAGAAGCAGGUGGAAGAUUUUGCCAUGAUCCCAGCGAAGGAGGCCAAAGACAUGCUCUACACCCUGCUGUCUGAGAACCUAGUCCAGCUACAGGAAAUCCCAAAGACCCCUGACCACGCCCCCUCUCGUACCUUCUACCUGUACACUGUGAACCAGCUGUCUGCCGCCAGGCUGCUGCUGCAGCACUGCUACAAGACCGUGGCCAAUCUAAUCGAGAGACGCCUGUUCGAGACCAAGGAGAACAAGCGUCUCCUGGAGAAGUCCCAGCGUAUCGAGGCCAUCCUGGCGUCCCUGCAGGCCAGCGGGGCGGAGCCAGAGCAGCUGACGGAGGUGGAGGAGAUGAUCACCUCUGCUGAGAGGCAGCAGCUUGAGGCUCUACGACACCACAUCAACAAGUUGGACUCAACAGAGAACCAGGUGGAUGAGACCAUCUUUCUACUAGAAUCUUAUAUCAGCUCCACUGCCACUCGCUGAGGAGCAGAGGAGAGCAGAGGUAGACGAAGUAGGCGAUCUUUGUCUCCUCGCUCUCUGGACAGUGUUCAGUACUUUAAGUAUUUAGUCACAACCUUUAUGUUCAGGAGUGUUUGCUUGGGUGAGUGUAUUUUAGUUUAUCAAAUUGUAUGUCUGAAUUUUGAAGUAGCCUGGAAAAUCUGGUUGUAAUAAAAUAUUUUGAAGUGUA